GUUUCCACAAUCCUCCAAGCGCGUUUGCCAAAUACAUUCACACGCAAAGAAACAUGCCCAUAUUCAAGUAAAGGCCUCGAUAGGUCGAGACCGUAGCACAUAUAAUUUUUCGUAGCAGUGAUCUAGAUAGUAGCUCUGACGGCAUAUAGAAGAAUGUUGCAUAGAGAUGUUGUGCGGCCUUCAUGGCUGUGCAAGUUAACCGGGGCAGUAGUGGUCAUGGCGAUGUUACAGCUCCUGCCAGCGCUCGCCGCUGGUGGUGGCCACGGUGUGCACAUCGCAUACCUCACCGACUGCACGAUGUACAGCGACUGGCAGACUGUCGGCAUGGUUUUCAGCUAUAAACGGUCCCGACAGCCGCGCGACUCGCAAAUUACGCGCAUCAUGUGCUGCACAGAAGAGGAGCGGAAGCGCUACAACGAGCAGCUGCUGUCGAUUGUGAACACACACGUUGCACCCUCGUUUGCGAAGAAUGAAAAGACGGGUGACCACUAUGCUGCUUACAACAAGCCUGGGGCUGUGUACGACUGGUUGAAGCACGUGGACCCGCCGGAGGACUGGCUGCUGGUGCUGGACUCGGACAUGUACCUGCGUCGGCCGUUCUACCCGCAGUUCUUCAAUGCCACCCGCGGCUGGUGUGUGUCAGCUGAUUACACCUACAUGGUGGGUGUCAACAAUGAACUGGCCACGCGCCACAUCCCGGAAAUUGAGCCUCGUCACGACACGCUGGCGGGACCCUACGGCCGCCGCGGAGACCAGGUUGGCGGGUUCUUCUUCAUGCACCGCGACGACAUGAAGCGCGUGGCGCCGCUGUGGCUCAGUUACACAGAGGACGUGCGCGAGGACCCCGAGUCCUGGCGGCUGACGGGUGACCAGUACGUUGAGAAGGGCGGCAAGCCCUGGAUCUCCGAAAUGUACGGCUACGCUUUCGGCGCGGCAAAGGCCAACGUGUGGCACAAGUGGGACAAGAAGACCAUGAUGUACCCCACCUACCGCCCAACUGAUUGUCAGAUGUAUUCGGACUGGCAGAGCGUGGGUGCAGCGUUCAGCUUUAAAAUGUCCGGCCAGCCGGGCAGUGUGAUCCGCGUUAUGUGCUGCUCGGAGGAGCAGGCCAAGAAUUAUAACAAGGGGCUACUUGGAAUGGUGGAUACGUGGGUGGCGCCAGACGCCACGCACAGCAAGCGCACCGGCGACCGGUACGCGGCGUAUAACAAGCCAGAGGCCGUUAUUGACUGGCUGGACCACAACGUGCCGAAGCACGACUAUGUGCUGGUUCUGGACUCGGACAUGGUCUUGCGGCGGCCCUUCUUUGUGGAAAACAUGGGUCCCAGGAAGGGCCUGGCGGUUGGCGCUCGCUACACGUAUAUGAUUGGUGUGGCCAACGAGCUGGCUGUGCGCCACAUUCCCCACGUCCCUCCUCGCAACGACACGCUGGCCGGCCCCUUCGGCCGCCGCGCCGACCAGGUCGGAGGGUUUUUCUUCAUUCAUAAAGACGACCUGAAGGCCAUGUCGCACGAUUGGCUGAAGUUUUCAGAGGACGUGCGCGUUGAUGAUCAGGCUUAUCGGUUGUCGGGUGAUGUCUAUGCUAUCCAUCCUGGUGACCGUCCUUGGAUUUCUGAGAUGUAUGGUUAUGCUUUUGGGGCAGCUAACCAUAAUGUAUGGCACAAGUGGGAUACUUUCUCCAUGAUCUACCCCGGCUACGAGCCACGCGAGGGUAUUCCCAAGCUGAUGCACUAUGGCCUGCUGUUCGAGAUCGGAAAGAACUAUUCCUUCGACAAGCACUGGCACUAUGACUUUGAUGUCACGGUCUGCCCACCGUGGGACCUGAAGGACCCUAAGCGCCGCACGCACGGUAUUUUCCCUGAGCCCCCGCGGCCCAGCAGCCUGAGGAAGGUGUUUCCAAAGAAUGGUGAUAUGGCCAGCAUGGACGACUUCAUUGGCUACUACAAGGAACUGCUUGCCAUUGAGACGCUGGCCACCCUGAACGCGGCCUUCUGCGAUUACCACAUCUCGCACUGCCCGCCCUCGGAGCAGCUGGUGUCGGUUUGCAAGGAGGUGUUCAGCCUGUACAACGAGGCGCGCGAGUUCAUCCAGGAGGCAGAGGCGUCCUACGACUGCCAGGACUUCCACCCCAAGUGCGAGGAGUGGAAGGAGUCGGGCGAGUGCACCAAGAACGAGAACUACAUGACCGAGAACUGCCGCAAGACCUGCGACAAGUGCAACAAGAUUGAAAAGUUCUUCCCCGAGACCACCACCAAGGAGCUGGAGGAAAAGCUGGCCAAGAUGUCCAAGGAGCUACAGCCGCUGUCCGAGGACCCCGACAACAAGGCCGGCGCCGGCAGCGCGCCCAAGACCGAGUCGCCGCUGGUCAUCCCCAAGCAGGAGCAGCCCGUGGCAAUCAUCCCCCGGAACGAGGUGCCGCCCAAGCAGGAGGUUCGCGCCUCAUCGCCAGCGAUGCAGAGCUCGCCGCCGCCCAGCCCGCCUCCCGCCUCGCCGCCUCCCGUUGACUCGCCGCCGCCCAUGUCGCCGCCGCCUGAGAGCCCCUCGCCCGACAAGCCGCCGCCCAAGGUCGUCACGCGCAAGGCAUUAGCGGACCCCAAGAAGGUCACGCAGAAGGCGCUCAUGGUGCGCUGCUACAAGUUGUCGCUUGGCAUUGACGAGGUCAAGGACUGUGUCAAGGCCGCCAAGGAGGGCAAGGAGUACGAGGUGCCCAAGAGGACCAAGGCCACCGACGAGGAGGAGGAGGCGCCCAAGGCCAAGCAUGCUGAGUCGCACCUCACCCUGGACGGCGAGGGCGCCACCACCGAGUCCGCAAACGACGAGGUGGCCAAGACCAAGGCGCCGGACGCCAGCGCCGAGGGCAACGAGGGCAAGAAGAACAUCCGCGUCGUGCAGCGCGACCUGGAGGACCUGUCGCUGACGCAGGGCGAUGGGAAGAAGGGCAAGGCGCCCGUCAUUGACGCGCCGGUGGUGGGCCCCUCGCUGCACUCGCUGUUGGGCCGCCUCAAUACCUGGCAGGCGCUAGUGCUGUGGCUGGUGGUGGUGGUGGCGUUCUUGGCGCUGGUGCCGCGCAUCGCCAAGCUGCGCCGGCGCCAGCGGUCGGGCAUGCGCACGGAGUAGAGAGGAUCGUAGGAGUGUGCAGCAGGCGGAGGAUGAGCAAGGAAGUAGCUUCCGUUGAUGAGGACUCACUUAGCUGAGCGCAUAGCGAGCGAGGCAGAUGAAGGAUUUAAGAUGACUGGAUAAGGCGUGGGGUCUGGAAGAUGUUGCGUGGGGUCUGGAAGAUGUUGCGGUGUGGGUGAAUGCACAGCUGCGCGGAGUGAGUACCGGAGCUGCAUGCGCGGACACGCAGGGCUUGGCUGCCAUGCCAUUUGGAGUACUACUGGCACUAAGGGGCAGUACGGUCCCAGGGACAAGAAACGCGCUGCAAGCGCUGCUAUUGAGCAGAAUGGCUGUUGGUGUUGCAAGACCAAGGCAAGACAUGAUGCUUUGAAGGUGCCUUGAAAAGCAUCGUGCGCACUGUGCUUGCGCACGGCGCUGGGUGGACGCACGAAGUACGGUAUGUUGCUUCUCAUGCUUCAGGUCGCUAGCCUGGGGGGCUGGUCUGUAAAGCCUAUGAUUC